AAUUCAACAAACAAAUCCCAACCCACCACCUCAUUUCUCUACCUUUUUUUUCUUUUCAUUUUUUUCAUUUUCUCAUUUUCAUUUUUUUUUUGUUUGUUUGUUGGCAACUAUCAUCAACCCCAAACAGGACUCUCCCUCUCUCUGACGCCGUCUCAUUCCUCUUCCCUCCUUCAGCUUAAAGUUGAAAAUUUCUCAACUUUCCAAAUGAUCCCUCUAAUUUUGCCAUCGUUCAACUCCAUCUGCGUGCAAAAAUAGCUAAUUUCCUUUCCUGUCCACAACCCCCCUUCUACAAUCAUUCACCAAAUUCUCACUCUUGUUUUUCGUUCGGAAAUUCCCAAAACAAUUCACGCCAUAAUAUGGGCUAUCUCAAUUCAGUGCUCUCAGCUUCAACCCAGGUUCAUGCCGAAGAUGCGCCCGUAAGCGGCGGGGGCCUCAGUCAGAAUGGAAAGUUCAGCUAUGGAUAUGCAAGCUCUCCAGGAAAAAGGUCUUCAAUGGAAGAUUUUUAUGAGACACGAAUUGAUGGUGUUGAAGGGGAGAUAGUUGGCCUGUUUGGAGUUUUUGAUGGUCAUGGUGGUGCCCGAGCUGCUGAAUAUGUCAAGCAAAACCUCUUUAGCAAUUUGAUCAGGCAUCCAAAGUUUAUUUCUGAUACUAAAUCAGCCAUAGCCGAUGCAUACAACCAUACUGACUCAGAGUUUCUGAAAUCGGAAAAUAGCCAAAACAGAGAUGCUGGAUCGACUGCUUCCACUGCUAUCCUUGUAGGUGACCGUUUGCUUGUUGCGAAUGUUGGGGAUUCAAGAGCAGUAAUAUGUAGGGGUGGUAAUGCUAUUGCUGUUUCUCGGGAUCACAAGCCGGACCAAACUGAUGAGCGGCAACGGAUUGAGGAUGCAGGAGGAUUUGUCAUGUGGGCUGGAACUUGGAGAGUUGGAGGAGUUCUUGCUGUUUCUCGUGCAUUUGGUGAUAGGCUCUUGAAGCAAUACGUUGUUGCUGAUCCAGAAAUUCAGGAGGAAAAGAUUGACAGCUCCCUUGAGUUUCUUAUUCUUGCUAGCGAUGGCCUGUGGGAUGUUGUCACAAAUGAGGAGGCUGUUGCAAUGGUUAUGCCAAUUGAGGAGCCAGAACAGGCAGCAAAGAAGCUGAUGAAGGAAGCAUAUCAAAGAGGUAGUGCAGAUAACAUUACCACUGUCGUUGUCCGUUUCUUGGCGAGUCAAGGGGGUUGCUCUUAUAGCAGCUCUGCGUAAGCACCCUUCCUUAGCUUGGUGCUAGGGUUUGGUUUCCUACAAAAGUGGAGGAUGGGGUGCUACAAAAAAUGUAGUGAUUCAUAGUGAUAGGAAAUCAUAACGUUGUACUGUUUAAAGAUAGAGAUGUAAACAAACUCAUCAGGCUGCUGCUAAUUGUGUAUUACAUAUUAUCAGCUUCUAGCAUAGAGAUGUAUCCUAAGCUUAGUUUCUGUGCUGGAUCUUGAAUGUAGCUAGAAAAUGUUGGUGUUUGAAUCUGUAAAGAACCUCGAAAUUCUAAUAUCAUUUGCUGUAAAUGCGUUUGAACACGCCUUCAUACAA